AUUGUGGGAAUAGACCAUGUCGGACCUUUACCAAAAUCGAAAGAAGGAUAUCAGUAUAUAAUCAUUGCUCAAGACUACCUCACAAAAUGGCCAAUAGCGGAACCAACCAAAACGACUAACCAAGACGAAGCGAUCAAAUUU